AUGAACACCUUAGCGUCCUCUACACCUACUCCUAUCUUGAAGGUGACUCAGUCGCCCACAAUCCUCCUCAUCAUACUAGGUACUUCCAUUCGACUCAUCCACAUCUCCCUCCUUUACAUUCUAUCUAAACUCAUACCACCCUUCGACUCGUCUCAGUCUCUACUCUCCCCCGAUAAUUUACCGGGCCUACGAUGGGAUGCUAUUCACUUCGCAUCGGUAGCUCAGAAUGGGUACGAGUUCGAGCAGCAAUUGGCUUUUCAGCCUCUUCUGAUGGGGCUAUUGCGGUUGUUGGGGCAAAGCGUAGUUUGCAUCAGAGGGCGAGAAAUGGAAGUCGGGGAUGUCAUUUGGAGUGGUGUGGGAAUUAGUGCCGUAGCAUGGGUGGGAGCUAGUAUCGUACUGUACAAGCUUACAGUCCACCUAUAUAAUCCUGCGUUCGCCAUUCUCACUACGAUACUAUAUAUGAUCCCGCCUACACCAGUACCUUCUUUACCAUAUACUGAGCCUUUGUACGCAUUCACAACGUUCCUAGGGGCAUAUCUAGUGAUAGUCAAACGUCAAUAUCUGCUGUCGGGGCUGAUAUUUGCUUGCUCGACGGGUUUAAGAGCUACGGGGAUAUUCAAUGUUUUGAUUCUAGGUGGAGUAGGAUCGUUGGAAGGACUCUCGGUGGAUCGAAUAACACUCAAGGUCUUAUUCAGAAGAUUGCUCACUCAAUCAUACAAGCUCGUCAUACCAUGUGUAUUGACCGUAUCACCCUUUUUGAUAUUUCAACGGUACGCUUACCAGUCAUUCUGCCAUCGGGAUGAGGAGCCGAGAAGACCAUGGUGCGGGAGUAGACUACCAUUCGUUUAUGGGUUUGUUCAGAAGGAGUAUUGGAAUAUAGGUUUCCUCAAUUAUUGGACUAUCCCAAACAUUCCAAAUAUUUUAUUACCCCUACCUAUAUUCCUCACAUCGGUCUUGGGAAUUAAGAAGAUCGCUCUCUCCUGUCAUACAGCUCAAAGAAGGCACCACGCUCGAUCUGAGAUACUGAUCUUAUAUAUACAUCAUGCCUUGAUGAUGUUACUUUUACUGUUCAACUCGCAUACUCAAAUAUUGCUAAGGACAUGUAUAACCGAUCCUGUAAUUUGGUGGAACGUAGCUGGAUUAGCUGUCAACUGGGAAAACAAAGAGAACGCAAGUAGUCAGGAUAGAGGGAAAAUAAUAGGUAAACGAGGGUAUAUCAGGUUAACUAGAAUAGGUAAAUACUGGAUCGGAUGGUGUGUUGUCUGGAGUACAGUCUCGACGAUACUUUGGGUAGGACAUUAUCCACCUGCAUAG